CUGGAUUCGAUUCCUGGCGAGUCUCCGAAGCUAUCUCCAUGGAUUGCCUGCAACCAACAACACUUUCGUCUCACAAUUCUUGUAAGCACUUUUUUUCUUAACCAAACCCCAAGAAGCCACCUUAUUACCAACAGACGACAAUGGCCACCACCACUGCCCAAACUCUCGUUUGCUGUGAGCCCAAAGAUCGCACUAGCAUCUCCACAGCUGCCACCGACAACACAUCGUUGCCUGACGUAGAGGAUUACAGCGAGGCAUCUGAAAUCAUUGAGGAAGAUCUGGUCGAGUUUGAUGAGCUCGAGAAGGACUUGCUUCUCUGUUAUGAUGAAAAACGCAAGAUAAAGAGGCAGAACAGCCUGCUCUCUGUGUCUACAUCCUCUGAUUCGUCCACUAAAAGUGGGAGUCUUAGGUCAACCAGAAGUGAAAACCGCCGGUCGAGCAGGAGUAGCAGGAGCCCCAAGCCCAACCGGAGUCCCAAGCCCACUAGGAGCCCCAGAGUGCAACGCUCUGCAACUGCAACUAGUGUCCUUUCCCGAGAACAAGACAGGCGGGUCAAACUUCGCAUGCGACGAGCUUUGACCCUGGAAUCGGCACCUGUUCCGAAGCAAAGUACGGAGGCGGAGAGUGUCGAAGCUAGCCAUCAAACCCCAGCAGAGUGCCUCCGCGAAGUCCUACAUGGUGUCUGUGAUUCGGCCCUCAAGAGCGAGACAUGGGAGAAGAAGUUUACUGCCAUUACCCCGGACCGGCUCGCUGGGUACACGGAGAAGGCUACCCACGCUAUUCGCAGUGACCAACUUUCAGCAGUGAAGCAACUGCACGGACAGGGUAUUUCCUUCGAUACUUGCAAUCAGCAUGGCGAAAGCAUGAUCCAUUUCGCCUGCAGGUCAGGGCAGCUCGAGAUCAUCAAGUUUCUGGUUGACGACGCGAAAGUACCUCUUCGAGUUCGAGAUGACGCUGGUCGAACUCCCCUGCAUGAUUUAUGUUGGACUAAUAAGCCAGACUUUGGGCUUAUGAAGUACAUCCUGAGUCAGGCACCAGAAUUGCUUUUCAUCAAGGACAAAAGGGGAUUUACCGCUUUUCAGUAUAUCCCCCAAGGCAUUUGUGAACAGUGGUGCCAGUUCCUUCGAGACGAACAAGCCUUCUUGCUUCACCAAGUCAAAGAAAGCGCCUACCACAAUGCACGGCACCAGUUGGAUGAUGCACAAGAACGACUUCAAGCCCUGAUGAAAAGAGCAGCCAGCUUUGAUUAGACUACAUUCAUAACAUAUUACUCUAGCCUCUGAACUCCCUCGUCU